AUAAUGAAGAGGAAGACUGACAGAAAGAGAAGAUGGCUGAUAAGUGUCACUUGUGUCUGCUGGGACUGAUCUUUCUCUCUUCACUUCUCACAGGGUUCAGUGAAGUGGAUCAUGUGUUCAUCAGUUCUGGUAAAGAUGUCCGUCUGCCCUGUAAUAAUGCUCUUCCUGGCUGUAAAUCAACUACAUGGCUCUAUAACAGAUUCAGUUAUUCAGCAGCAGUUGAACUGUUUGCUGGAGGGAGAAAGAAGACAGACACAGAGAGACAUGAGAGACUGAGUCUGGAGUCUGACUGCUCUCUGAACAUCAAGAGCGUCACAAAAGAAGAUUGUGGACUUUACAUCUGCAGACAAUGGACAGUGAAUGGACAACAACAAGGAACUGAUGCUCGUGUUUAUCUACAUGUUCUUCAUGUCUCUUCAUCUGAGAUCAGUGCAGGUCGCUCUGUGACUCUCUUCUGUCAGUUGUAUUCAUAUCCUCGAGUCUCUUGUGAUAAUUUGAUCCGUUCUGAGGGAAUUGAUCUGUUCUGGGUGAAUCAGGCUGGUGUUAAACUGACAAACUCAGACUCCAGAUAUCAGAUAUCAUUCUCAUCAGAUCGCUGUAUCUUCAUUCUGACUACAACAAUCCUGAAUGAAGAUGAAAUCAGAGAGUGGAGAUGUGAAGUUACUCACAGAGAUCAAGUCCAGACCUCAACCACAAACACUGUCAAGAUCUCAGAUCAAACUAAAAGAGUAACAGCAUUGACUCCAGCAGAAACGUCUACACAAGUGAUUGUGAUUGUGAUUGUUGUCGGUGUUUCGGUCGCUCUUCUUCUUCCUGCUCUGAUUCUUUGGCUGAUUCAUAAUAAAAGAGCCGAUGUCAGAAGAGCGACUGAUGACUCUGUGGAGCAGACAGAUGAUUUGACUUAUAUUAUUUAUUGCGCGCAGUAAAAACAAAGCCAAGAAGAACAAGGUUCGCUGUGAUGAUAAAGUGACUUACGCUUCCAUCAGAGGAACAAAAGCUGGAGCUCAGGAAAACUGCAGUCAACUUUAUGCCUCUGUGAACAAGAACCAUCACAAAUCAGACAAAUAAUUAUACA